AUGAAUUCAAUCUUCUCUACAACUUUACUUCUUGGUUUCUUAUGUCUUGCAUCGAAUUCUGUCCAAGGAUCGGCUCGUUGUCGUCGAGCGGUAUCAACAUGCAUUCUAACACCUGAAACAACCGAAGGUCCAUAUUCAUGGAACACAACUCUGAUGCGUCAGAAUAUCUCAGAAGAUCGUCCAGGCAUUCCAUUUCGAUUGUAUCUCACAGUCAUGAACAUCAACACAUGUGAGCCAAUCGUAAAUGCAGCUGUGGAAAUUUGGCACUGUGAUGCACUUGGUAUCUACUCACAUUAUAUUCAAGCUAGUAACAAUGUACAAAAUCCAAAAACUGACAACUCUACCUACCUUCGAGGUAUGCAAUUAACCAAUGCUAGCGGUGUUGCUACGUUUGAUACCAUCUAUCCCGGCUGGUAUACCGGUCGAGCAACACAUAUUCAUGUUCGUGUUCAUCUCAAUGGAGUGUAUGUCACAUCUACCGGUUACUACUCUGAUGGAAGUCUUGUGAAAACUGGUCAAUUAUUUUUUAAUGAUUCAUUGACAGAUUUAGUUGCACAACAAUCACCCUAUUCAACUCAUACAAUUACACGUACAUUAAAUAGUGUUGAUACAAUUUAUCAAAGUAGCACAAUUACUUUGAUGGAUAUUCAAUAUGUCAGUUCAGCAGCGGGAUUAUCAGGUGGUAUGGUUACAUCAGCUACGCUAGGUGUGUCAUCGUCAUCGACGUCAUCAUCAACAACAACAAAAGCAUCCGCAAGCACAACGACCGCACGGACAUCCAGCACGACUACUGUACGGACAUCAAGAGCAACAACGACUACGCAGCGUUCACAAACGGGUGGAGCGAAUAAUUCUAAGCGACCAUGGUGGCAAUUCUUUGGCUAA